AUGAAAUUUUCAAACCUAGUAAUAUUAUCAAUUAUUGUUUUGUUUAUUGGAUUAUUUUCAAACAGUGUAAAUUGUGAAAAAGAACUUUCUCAUAUUGUCAAAAAAUGUCCAAGAAAUUCAAUAAAAGAUGAUCCAUUCAAAUUAAAUGUUACCAUGCAUAUUACUCAAGUUGCUACAUUUACUGUAAAAUCAUUCCAAGAUGUUUACAUUUCUGGUGGAUGUUGUGAAUUGUCACAACCUCAAGAAACCGUUUUUACCUUUGGUUAUGGAUUUGAACCAAAAACCAAUUUGGGUGAAAUUUAUCAAGGUGUAAAAUUAACUGGAAAUUUAAGUUAUAAAAAAGAUGGUAAAGAAAUUAAAAAAGAAGAUGUUAGUUUUAUUUUAAAUAAAGUAGUUGCAAAUGGUUCUUAUGUUUUAAGAAUUUUUAAGUAA